AUUUCUAUACCAAGAGCGGUAACCCCGAGCUACACUCGGGCUUACCAUGCGGCGCUGCUCUGGGGGUCCCUGCAGCACUUACCUUGUCCUUCGCUCCCGCGAUGUGUCCCCUGCAGCGUCCCCGGCCAUCUCCUCCUGCCAAUGCCGGCAUCCGGCUUCUGUGUUCCGGUCCCUGUGACGUCGGGACGUACGGGCGCCGGAACCGGUGGGAAAUUUGAAUUUUUUUAAAAAUGUCAUUUUUGCUGUCAUUGCUGUUUCAAUUCUGCUUUGUCCUGCGCCCUGCCUGCAUUUUGAAUGUUCUUUCUG